AUGGAUCGCCUCCCGGCCCUCAGAGAAGUGGUCACCAUUGACUGGGAGGGCCUGCCAAAGCUCAAAACGGUAGACCUUGGAGAUGGCCUGGACAAGGUUGGCAAUGUCACUCUCAAGUCCACGAACCUAACGGAUGUCAGCCCACUGGCCACGGAGAAAGUGGGCAAAUGGAGCAUCUUGGAUCACCCCUCGUUGAAAGUCGCCGAUCUCCCCAAGAUCACUACCUACGAGGAAUUUUCCGCCACUUCCAACAAUAAAACCCUGGAACUCGUUCUCUCCGGCGUGACUGCUGCCGGUAUGACCAGCCUCGAUAACCUAAAAGUCGUCAAUCUUGACUCCCUGGAGACCACCACGGGGACAUUAUAUAUCUUGGGAUAUCUUGACGAUCUACUCACUUUCCCCGCUCUCCGCCACGCCGCGGGAAUCAAAAUGGAAUUAGAGAUCAAAGACCUGAAAUUCCCCGUUCUUGAGACCAUUCACGGCAAUUUUGAUGUCCGUGUCACAGAUACAAAAAUCUCUCUCCCAGCCCUCGAGGGUGUCGACGGCGACUUUAUCCUGAACAUUGAUAAUGCGAAGAACUGCACCGCUUUUUCGGAUUUCAAGGUAUCGGGAUCCAAAUACUACUGUCAAAGCAACGGCACAACGCACCAUUACAACAUGGACGGCAGUUAUACGAACUCGGUGCCCAACGUCAGCGUCGGUGUUCCUGAUAACGAGACUUUCGGAACUGAGAAUGGUGCCGUGGGUCGCGGCGGUCUAUGGGCUGGAUUGAGCAUGGUGGUGCCGCUGCUGGCAGCUAUGGCUGUUGUUCUGUAG